AUGGGAUUGAGUUCAGAGUUCGAUUGCUUGCCGAAUGGCGAGCCUAUUUUUGGUCCAAAUCAUCGCAGAACUUUUCCCUCUUCCUCUGCUUCUCUUGAAGGAGAAUCUCCUGAAACGUCUUCCACUCCUGUCGGACCAUCUUCUUCUGCAUUGUAUCCAGAACAUGUCGAGCCACCUGUUCGUUCCAGGUCGAGGUCUCCUCCGGCAAGCCAAUUGAGUUCAGAGUUCGAUUGCUUGCCGAAUGGCGAGCCUAUUUUUGGUCCAAAUCAUCGCAGAACUUUUCCCUCUUCCUCUUCUUCUCUUGAAGGAGAAUCUCCUGAAACGUCUUCCACUCCUGUCGGACCAUCUUCUUCUGCAUUGUAUCCACAGCAUGUCGAGCCACUUGUUCGUUCCAGGUCGAGGUCUCCUCCGGCAAGCCGAUUGAGUUCAGAGUUCGACUGCUUGCCGAAUGGCGAGCCUAUUUUUGGUCCAACUCAUCGCAGAACUUCUCCCUCUUCCUCUUCUUCUCUUGAAAGAGAAUCUCCUGAAACGUCUUCCCCUCCUGUCGGACCAUCUUCUUCUGCAUUGUAUCCAGAACAUGUCGAACCACCUGUUCGUUCCAGGUCGAGGUCUCCUCCGGCAAGCCAAUUGAGUUCAGGGUUUGAUUGCUUGCCAAAUGGCGAGCCUAUUUCUGGCCCUUCUCGUCGUAGACCUUCUUCUUCUUCUUCUUCUUCUUCCUCUUCCUCGCUUGAAAGAGAAUCUCCUGAAACGUCUUUUCCUCCUGUCGGACCAUCUUCUUCUACAUUGUCUCCACAACAUGCCGAGCCACCUCUUCGUUCCAGGUCGAGGUCUCCUCCGGCAAGCCAAUUCAGUUCAGAGUUUGAUUGCUUGCCGAAUAGCGAGCCAAUUUUUGGCCCUCGUCGCAGACCUUCUUCUUCUUCCUCUUCCUCUCUUGAAAGAAAAUCCCCUGAAACGUCUUUUCCUCCUGUCGGACCAUCUUCUUCUGCAUGGUCUCCACAACAUGCCGAGCCACCUCUUCGUUCCAGGUCGAAGUCUCCUCCGGCAAGCCACACUUUUUCUCGCGUACUUGGAUUUACACUUGAAGAUAUUAAAUUUGUUCGACUUAUUCCACGUAAUAGUUCGACCCCUAUAUUUGAACUUCGAAGAUACGUUUUUCCUCGUGAUAAAAUAAUUCGGUUGAAAAACCAAAGACAGGAUCUUCUUCCCAUGCCAACUGGAGAACAAAUUGUAUUAUCAACAUCCAACGGUGACGUCUGUGCAAUAUUUGCAAGUUCAUCAAACAAUAGCCAUUAUCUUCGAGCACUAUAUAAACCUUUGUAUAAAGGGUUAAAACGGGCAAAAAUAAACAUGCACAGCGGCAUAGUUACAGAAUUGACCCCAGAAGAAAUUGCGAAAUGUGCAGUGGGCACCAAAAGUGGCAUCGCAAAGAGUUUUGAAAUAAUACGUGUACCAUAA